CCUGCUCUCUGGGGCUUUCCACUGCUCUCAGAUCAGUCCAGGCCAGAGCAAUCGCCCGCUUGCUCUUUGAGCGGCUCACAGGAGCUGUGAGAACACCGCCGUCUGCGCGCGUAUGGAGGGAGGAAGUCCUGCAGCAGGCGCCCACACGCUCUUAUUAAAUCCGGCCGGCAUGAGCGCGUUUCCCCACUCGGCAUGGGUAAAAGUCCGAGCGUGGGCGGAUGGACUCCCUCUGCGCUCGCUCGGCAAUGCCUGGCCAGCCUCUCAAGUUUCCACUGAAUAGUAACAAAAGGGACACACAGGGAGAGAGAGAGAAACACCAGGUCCGAGCCUGCCUUCGGAACAUGCUCUCCACUCCUCUUCAGGCAACAUUUCCCUGGUAACGCCGUCCAGCUACAGCCCAGCCACCAAGAUCACACUAGGAACGGUCAAUUCCAAUGUGGGAGCCCAGAUGAUUUUAAGCACACCACAGAGAGUGUCUCAUCCUGGAAGUAUCCUCAUCGGCAGCCCGUUUACUCCGCACACAACGCCGGUGGCCAUGGUUACACAAGCGCACCCUCCCGAGGGCGAUGAGUGGACCCCGGGAAACAAAAAAAGGACACAUGACUACAUUGAUCCCUAUUACUCAGACAGGGACGGACUGUGUUCGAGUGAUUCCUCGUCCAGUAAGCGAAUGAAGAGGGCAGAUAAGAACGGUAAAGGCCUCAGGCACUUCUCCAUGAAGGUGUGCGAAAAGGUUCAAAAGAAAGGCACUACGUCUUACAACGAGGUGGCCGAUGAGCUGGUUGCCGAAUUUACUCAUGCCAGCAGCCUGAUGCCCACGGACUCGCAGGUGUACGACCAGAAGAACAUCCGUCGGCGUGUGUAUGACGCGCUCAACGUGUUGAUGGCCAUGAACAUCAUCUCUAAAGAGAAGAAGGAGAUCCGCUGGAUCGGCCUGCCCACAAACUCAGCCCAAGAGUGCCGCAACUUAGAGCUGGAGAAACAGAAGCGUUUGGAAAGAAUCCGACAGAAAAGAGCCCAGCUAGAGGAGCUAAUAUUACAGCAGAUCGCCUUUAAGAAUCUGGUGCAGAGGAACCAGGCCAACGAAGCCUCGUCCCAGUCAGCUCCCCCUCCAGGAUCAGUCAUUCAGCUUCCCUUUAUCAUUCUCAACACAGACGUCCGCACCGUCAUCGACUGCUCCAUCUCUAGUGAUAAGUGUGAAUAUCUCUUUAACUUCGACAACACAUUUGAGAUCCAUGAUGACGUUGAGAUCCUGAAGCGGAUGGGCAUGUCUCUUGGGCUCGAGAACGGCACGUGUUCUCCAGAGAACCUCAGCGUGGCCAAAUCUCUGGUGCCCAAGUCUCUGGAAGCGUACGUCACCAACAUGGCCACAAACUCCAACAGAACACCUCUCAGCCACACAAGUCACAGCAGCACGGCCCCGUCACACACCUCAGAGUCUCGCGGCCAGACGCCCAGCUCGUUCAACGAGGAAGAGGACGACGAUGACGAAGACGACGACAAUCCCUCUUCCCCAGAGUGAUCCUGAGCUCAGCGCAGGGACGGGACUCCCGAGCAGAGCCGGGGAGGAACGCUACACAGGAAAUAAGCUGCCAGUCCUCUCUAUAUUACCAUAUUUUUAACUCCCUCACCCUCUUUUUCUUCCUCUGUUCCCGGUUUGGCACAAACUCAAGAAGCCGUUGGCUCCGGGGAGAUGGUUUACUGUAUUUCUGUGGUGCUUUUUGGCUAGCGAGCCGCGGGUCGGGCCAUAGAGAAGAGAGCGGUUAAGUUUAAGGUUAACAUAUCUUCAGGACAACUGCCUGAUCUUAAUGUACUUCUCUUCUCUGCUUCCUACCCAGAGGGACAUUUAAAUUCUUUCCAAAAAUGUAUUUAUUUGGGUCAUAUUUAAAUAUGACGAUAUUUGCGUAGUCCAGUGGGCUAGUGCCACUUUAUUUUCUUCUCCGUGGGGAUCGGAACGCAACGUCUUGAUCUUACUGUUCGCCGAUUGAAAGGAAUUUACAUCCUUGCAUUUAAAAAAAAAAAAAAUGGAAAAAAUGUUCUUUUUUUAUAGGUUGAUUCAGUGUCAUUUUGUUGUAUUGUAUAGUUUAUUCCUUGUCAUUCAUCACAAUAGUUGAAGGAAAAUAAAUAAAAAAAAACAUGGAUGGUUGUAUCUGCUGUUCCGGGUUCAGAUAGCUGUCAGCCCGUUGCCUCAAGCUGUUUGAACGUUGCAUGUUGGGAGAUGUAGUCUUGUUGUGAGUUUUUGUUCGCAUUCGUUGUGAAACAGGCCAUUUUAAACCAGCUCAACCCAACACAACUAAUGAAUUUUGGUUUGCAAUGUAACUGUAUGUACAUGUAUACAUAUAUAAACAUAUAAUUUUGGUUA